CUCUCAGACACCAGGAAUGAUGCCACCUGUCUUAUUCACCAUCCCGAAUUUGUGGUCUACUCGUCCAUUUUCUCCUUCUUCAUUCCCUUCAUCAUCACGCUGUUGGUGUACGUGCAGAUUUACGUGGUGCUGCGUAAAAGGAGAAAACGAGUGAACACCAAGAGAAGCAGCAGGUUUGAGUCGGAAAUCCAGGCACCAUUAAAGGAUAAGUGCACCCAUCCAGAAGAUGUGAAGCUUUGUACAGUCAUUGUGAAAUCAAAUGGGAGUUUCCCCACCAAUAAGAGGAAAGUGGUGAGUGUCUAUAAUUUGACCAUGGCGUUGACUUUGUGUAGCCACUCCCAGCCACCAGAGCUGCAAACAGCUGGAACUUAUAUUGUUAAUUACACAUUAGUAUGGGUCACCCAGUGCCAACUUCAGGGACUCGCCAACUGCUUGUUUUGGUUCUCCUGCAUCACAAUAAGCUAAUCUUAGGGAAGCAUGGACUGAACCAAUACUCUUCUGGACAAACUAACAUAAUUUGGGAAAACGUUCUACUUCUAAUGGGCUGCUGCCUAGUCAGAGCAUCUCAUCGAGAUGAAAUUGAUCAUUCUUUCUGAUUCCUUUGUUAGACAUAAUUCUCUAAAAGUUGAAUCAUAGAAUGGGAUAUCAUUAGA